CAUAUUUACCGCGCUUUUUUUAAAUAUAUUUUUUCUUCGCCGAUAAUAUUUAAAAACUGAAUUGGUUAAUGUCACUAAUGUCACUAAGUGGCGACUGUCAUCGCACUUACACAACACUGGACAAAGUGCAUUCGGUUUACGAUGACACUGGCACACCGAGCGCUCUUCACUUGGUUUAUCGUCCUGGUCUUCCUGAUCCUGCUGUGUCUCCGCCUGGACCCGCGCACCACCUGGAAUUGGUUCGUCACCUUCACGCCACUCUGGUUCUUCGAUGUGAUCAUCAUCAUCUACGUGAUCAUUAAAUUUAUCCGCAAAUGGCGCAACCUAACCUGCCUGACGGAUCUCUUGUUCCUCUACAAAUGGAACAUCGCCGGCGUCCUGCUGACCAUCGCCUCCCAAGUGAUGAUUUGCCUAACGCUGGAGUACCCGCAACAGAUUCCCAUAUACGUGACCGUUGCCCCAGUCAUCCUGCUGCUGAGCACCGCCAUCUUCUAUGUCGGCAGCAGGCUGGGAAAACGAGAGGGCUGGAUUCAGUAGGAUUAAUCAUUUAUUGUAGGAUUAGGUGUACAUAAAAUGGAAACUCAAAA